AUGGCGCCUGCACCAACUGUCACACUUUCUCUCCUCGCUUCCUCUACCUACCCCUACACGAAAAAGCCUACACUAUUUGAGCAAAUCUGCUCUGACAAGGAACCCAUAACUAAAACACUCUCUCUAUGCUACCAACUAGUGUUGGCUGCAGACCUGGAGACCCCGCUCCGAUUCCUUGAGCGCUGGGAGGGGGAGCUGGGGAUACAGUUCUCACAGGAGGAAGGUGCCCAGCUGUUGCGCCACUCCCUGAAGUCAUCCAUCUGCAAUAGAUACCAGGAACUGGGAUACAAAAUCCUAACGAGAUGGUACCGGACCCCUCAUAGACUUCACCAGAUGUCACGGGCAAAUCCGGACAUUUGCUGGCGCUGCGGCUCUUCCCCUGCGGAUAUGCUUCACAUCUUCUGGUCCUGCCCAUCUCUGACACCUUUCUGGACACAGGUCCGCCUCAUUGCGCAAAAAUUUACAGAUCACACCGUCCCGGAUGACCCGGCGUUCUUCCUUCUCCACCAUAACCACUUCCCAGUGAAAAGCUACUCCCGCUCGGUUCUGGUGCAUUUACUGAAUGCAGCCAGAGCAUGUAUACCUCUUCUAUGGAGACAGGUUACCCCGCCCUCGGUCCAAAUGUGGUUCUCCAAAAUAAACGAUAUUCGUUCCAUGGAAGAUCUCACCAGUUCCACCAGGGCACCUCCUGCAAGUUCACAGCUACGUGCCAAUAUGACAAUAUCUCAGCCUACAUCAUUCUAUAUGAACAUACAUACGAUGUUUGGGCUGUCUGUGAUGAUUCAGUGUAUACCUGUAAUGCAGGUUUAUAUUGAUGUGGAUUCUUCCUAUGAACAUCAGACGGGUGGUCUGUGUGGAAACUUCAACAAUAUCCAAGCUGAUGAUUUUAAAGCUCUGAGCGGAGUCAUUGAAGGAACUGCAGCAGCCUUUGUUAAUACCUGGAAGACUUUAGCCAACUGUCCAAAUAUUAGGAACAGCUAUUUGGACCCAUGUUCACUCAAUGUGGAAAAGGAAAAAUAUGCAAUGCAUUGGUGUGGUUUGCUUACGUCUGCAACUGGACCUUUCUCCUCGUGUCACAGCUUGGAAAGCCCUCUUAUUUAUCAUGCGAACUGUAUGUCAGAUACCUGUAGCUGUACAGAUAGCGAGGAGUGCAUGUGUGCUGCCCUCUCGUCUUACACCUUUGCAUGUGCUAAAAAAGAAGUCUUUGUCACGGGCUGGAGAGACAAUGUGUGCAAAAAAUACAUGCAGGCCUGCAAAGAAUCCCAGGUAUACCGCUAUCAUGUCAAUCAGCCCCAGCCUACAUGUCGAUCCCUAAGUGAGGCAGAUUCUACAAGAAACACUAAGCUUGUUCCUGUAGAAGGCUGUGUGUGUCGUGAUGGCACCUAUAUGAACGACAAUGGAGAAUGUGUAAAGGCCAGUUCCUGCCCCUGUUACUACCAAGGCAAUGUCAUUCAGUCUGGAGAAAUUUUUGAGGAAAAUGGAGUUGCUUGUACAGCUCUCAGUGCAUUUCGGGCUGUGUGUGCCCUAAAGGUUUGGUUUAUGAUCGAGAGGGAGGCUGUAUCUCUGAAGAUCAAUGUCCAUGAUAACUGUGGUGAGGCUAUGGGUCAAAGCUCCUUCAGAGUCAUCGUGCAGAAUGUUCAGUGUGGCUUUAAUGGUACAAUAUGUUCCAAAACUAUUAAAAUCUUUCUUGGGGGGGAAGAACUUCGUCUUGACAAUGAGAAGAUUGAGCUUGUAAAGAGAGAAGAAAAGAACAGAGUUCAGUAUGAAAUUAUUCGUAGAGGACUCUACCUCAUUUUAAAGACCAAUAAUGGGCACUUUUUCAUGUGGGACACCAAGGCUGCCAUCCAGAUAAAACUUAGCUCUGACGUUAAGGGGAAGGUAUGUGGCAUCUGUGGAAACUAUGAUGGUAAUGCAAAGAAUGAUUUCACUACAAGGAGUCAUUCAGUAGUGGAGAACUUGAUGGAAUUUUACAAUAGCUGGAAAACAGACCCAAAGUGCCCGGAUGUGCAUGAUGUAAGAAAACCUUGCUCCAUAAACCCAUAUAGGAAAGCCUGGGCAACAAAGCAAUGUGCAAUUAUAACCAGCAAUGUCUUUCAACCUUGUCACUCUCAGGUGGACCCCACCAUUUAUUAUGACUCUUGCAUCAGUGACUCAUGUUCUUGUGAUGCUGGCGGAGAUUGUGAAUGCUUCUGUACUGCAGUUGCAGCGUAUGCUCAGGCCUGUAGUGAGAAUGGAGUGUGCAUAAGAUGGAGAACGCCAACAAUAUGUCCGAUGUUCUGUGAUUAUUACAAUGAUGUUGGAGAAUGUGCAUGGCACUACAAACCUUGUGGUGACAAGUGUAUGAAGACCUGCAGGAAUCCCAAAGGAGAGUGUCUAUAUGAACUGUCAGGUCUUGAAGGCUGCUAUCCCCACUGUCCUGCAUCUAAGCCAUAUUUAAAUGAAGAUAUUAUGAAGUGUGUGUUUCAGUGUGGCUGUGAUGAUGGACAUGGCAACUUUUAUAACUAUGGAGAAAAGGUUCCAGCUAAAGAAAACUGUCAUUCAUGGUAA